AUGCCCGACCAUGUAAUUCCGCGCGCUAUAUCAAGGCCCACCCCAACCCAACUUGCCUCGUCGGCCUCUUCUCCUGAUUCCAUUAUAUCAGCUUGGCGGGCCCGACUGACCAGCUGGUGGAACCAUACCUUUACUGCCUUAGGUGCUUCAUACUCUCAAUUGCCGCAACAACCGGAGGUGCAGGAGAACCAAUUGGAUUCUCACCCUGACGAUUCUCUUGCCAUGGAACCAUUGAGGUUGACCAAGGCCAAGUGGCGCACAUAUUGGCUGGCCAUUGUGCUCUGCUGCGGUGGUGCAUUAUUUGGUUAUGACUCUGGUGUCAUUGGUGGCGUCCUUACAUUUGAAUCUUUUCAGGACUCAUUUGAAUUCACAGCUCAGCAAAAGACCCGCGUGAGCUCUAUAGCAGUAGGCAUUCAACAGGCCGGCGCAUUGGCUGGUUGCUUCAUUGUCUGGCCGGUGACGAACCGGUAUGGUCGCCGCAUUGCCAUGAUGCUCUGCUCACUGGUCUUUUGCCUUGGUGUUGUCCUCGAAGUCAUCGACACGCACUCCCUGCCAGCGUUCUAUGUUGGGCGGGUGAUUUGUGGUCUGGGUAUCGGGGGUUCUGCCACUGUUAUUCCAAUCUAUAUGUCUGAGAUGAGUCCAAAAGGGAUCCGCGCACAACUCGGUAGCUGUUACCAGUUAACCUACACCAUUGGUAUUCUGGCAUCCUACUGGAUUGACUAUGGCGUCAAGGCCAUGCCAAGUAAUGCCAAGCAGUGGCAGGUUCCGAUUGGACUGCAGCUUGUCCCCGGUGCAUUGAUGGGACUGGGCAUGUUUACGCUCGAUGAGAGCGUACGUUGGCUGCUGGCCCAUGGCAAGUCUGAUGAAGCCUGGCGCAGUCUGGUUUGGAUUCGAGCUGGCGACGGGCCAGCCGUGAGCGAGGAGUUUGAUGAAAUGUGCCGUGGUCUCGAGGAGGAGCGCCAUGCGACUGCUGGCUUCCAUCCACAAGAACUUCUCGAAAGGCCCAACCUGCACCGACUUCUCCUUGGUGCGGGGCUGUUCUUAGCACAGCAGUCAACUGGCUCAACGGCACUGGCUUACUUCGGUCCCCAGUUCUUUUCGUUACUUGUUGGGCCCGGGGAUAAGAACCUGUUGCUGACAGGUAUCUUUGGCGCCAUCAAGGUUGCCGCCUGUCUCACAUUUGUCAUUUUCAUGUCUGAUCGAUUCGGCCGGCGUCCUUUGCUGGCUGGUGGGGCAUCGUUCAUGGCCAUCUGUAUGCUCGCGACAGCAGCCGUCGUCAAGGAAUACCCACCUCAUGAUGGUGUCGUGUCCUCUGCUGGCAUUGCCACAGUAGCACUGAUCUACCUCGACAUCAUCGCAUACAACCUCAGUUGGGGCCCCUUGCCAUGGCCCUGCACCAGCGAGAUCUUCCCAACCCGAAUUCGUGAGCCGGGUGUAGCUUUUGGUGUUGGCUCACAGUGGCUCUUCAAUUUUGUCUGGAGCUUCUCCACACCUUACAUCAUGGCUGGCAUUGGGUGGGCAACAUUCCUGCUUUUCGGACUUUUAGACAUCUUAAUCGUGGCUUUCACAUACUUUUGUCUUAAAGAGACCAGGGGCAAGACUCUUGAGGAGAUCAACAAGAUGUUCGAUGGUGUUGACCCCAAUGUGGAGCAGGGCUGGAAGGGCGACGACCUAGACGAGGAUCUCGAGCCACAACAUCGGGUUGACGGAGCCCAGCUCUGUGAUGGUGCGGAGUCUAUCGGCACUGCAAAGUCCAAUCAAAACAAGAACAGGACUGCGCAUGUUGAGGAGUCCCUCGCCGGGCGGGCCUGA